GAGUUGCAUGGCGCAGGCGGGGAACACUGGCCCCGGGGUCGGGGGGCAGCAUGGCGCGGGCACAGUCCUGGGGCGCGCGCCCUGGCUCUGGGCCCUGGCGAUGCUGUGGCAGGCGGCAGCCGCGGGCGUGCACUCCCAGCACCAGUGGCCUGUACCCUACAAACGCUUUUCCUUCCGUCCGGCACCGGAUCCUUACUGUCAGGCCAAAUAUACUUUCUGUCCAACUGGCUCACCUAUCCCAGUAAUGAAGGACGAUGACGUCAUCGAAGUCUUUCGGCUACAAGCCCCAGUGUGGGAAUUUAAAUAUGGAGACCUCCUGGGACACUUGAAAAUUAUGCACGAUGCCAUUGGAUUCAGAAGUACUUCAACUGGCAAGAACUACACAAUGGAAUGGUAUGAACUUUUCCAGCUUGGAAACUGCACAUUUCCCCACCUGCGACCUGAAAUGAAUGCUCCAUUCUGGUGUAACCAAGGAGCUGCCUGUUUUUUUGAAGGAAUCGAUGACAUUCACUGGAAGGAAAAUGGGACGUUAGUUCAAGUAGCAACCAUAUCAGGAAACACAUUUAACAAAAUGGCAAAGUGGGUAAAACAGGACAAUGAAACAGGAAUUUAUUAUGAGACAUGGACCGUCCAAGCCAGCCCAGAAAAAGGGGCGGAGACAUGGUUUGAAUCCUACGAUUGUUCCAAAUUUGUGUUAAGGACGUAUCAAAAGCUGGCUGAACUUGGAGCAGAGUUCAAGAAGACAGAAACCAACUACACAAGAAUAUUUCUUUACAGUGGAGAACCUACUUACUUGGGAAAUGAAACAUCUAUUUUUGGGCCAAUAGGAAAUAAGACUCUUGCUUUAGCCAUAAAAAGAUUUUAUUACCCCUUCAAACCACACUUGUCAACUAAAGAAUUUCUGUUGAGUCUCUUGAAAAUUUUUGAUGCAGUGAUUAUACACAGACAAUUCUAUUUGUUUUAUAAUUUUGAAUAUUGGUUUUUACCUAUGAAAUUCCCUUUUAUUAAAAUAACAUAUGAAGAAAUCCCUUUACCUAACAGAAACAGAACAAUCUCAGGUUUAUGAAACCUUUAUUUUACUACUUUUUUCCUCCUACCACCAGCAUAUCAGUUUUUCAUGGAGUGGUUUCAUACUUGUGUGUUUUUUCAGGUCUCCCUUCCUUGGGGCAGAAAGGUAAAGUGCACAGGAGCAGAAUUGCGGCAUAAUAAUACCUCAGGAAUCUUUUCGGAAAGGAGCUGAAACUCUUACAGUGUUGGCCGAAGUGAGCACGUUACAUGAUCUUGAUUUCAGUCUCCAACCCUCUAUUAAUACGGAGAAUUAUAGUUUAUAUCAGCAAUAUAGGCUCUUCAGAUACAACAGUUCAAAAUUUGAAUAUAGUGUACCAAUUUUUUGAACUUACCCUCAGUAACAUUUUCAUGGUAGGAGCUACUUUCCUUCCGGUACAGUAGUUACGCUUUUUCAUUUAAGUACUUUUUGGUAGUUUAGAUUGACUUUACAGCUUUUGCAACUUUUGGAACUGAUUUAUUAAUUUGAUUUUGUUCCAUUCAUUUAACCUUAAAGGUUAAUUUGGACACCAAAGCUAAUGUGGUUGUAGUUCUCUUACCAUUGGUAUUUAACUAGUUAUUCAUAGGAAAGGAGGCAAAGGGAACUAGACAUUGAGCUUAAUGGACCAGAGAGCAUAGGCCUAUUUGCUUCACCAGGAAGCUACAGCUUCACACCGCAGGGGAUCACAGCUUUGCUUCUCCAAGGGGUUUAAUGCUCCUCCCAUCCCCCACUCAGGUACCUGAUUGUUGCAGGGCACAGGGGGCGGUGCUGGACCAUAGAGGCCUGUCAGUCUAACGAGUGGGGGUGGACCCAUCCAAAGCCCACAAAAACUUAGGAAGUUGAUGGGUCAUUUUGAGAAAGCACCCGGUCCAUCCCAAAGCCAAGCUCCUGUUAUAACCCCAGGGGAACAAAGAACCUGCGCUCCCCCAUGUGCUCACAUGUUCUCUCUCCAUAGCCAUGUGGUGGUCUUAGCAGCCACGUGGCCCAUGGCCGUGGGGACUCCUCACGCAGGCCCCGGGAGGGGGCCUGACUACCUCAGCACAGCGACGGGCUGCAACUGGAAACACGCCAAACUGGCUGGAUGCUGGACCGGACUGGACUCUAACGGGAAGCAGAAACUCUGGGCACUGGCUUCUGUGGUGGCCCUGCUGAAGACAAGAUUGCACCCUUUCCAUGGCGAGAUGGAUGGAGAUGGGACAUUGGGAAGUUGGGGGAGGGGGAACUCCUUAAUUUUGCAUCAUCAAUAAAGUUCACUGUGAA